UGUGAGUGAGCUUGCUGGCAGGGUUGUGUGUGCGUGAGUGUGCUGGGAAGGGGGUGUGUGCGCCAGCAACGUGUGAGGAGGGCUGGUGCCCUAUGGGAGGUUGCAGGCAGGAAGCAGCUGGAGAGGAGGAGGAGCAGCAGCAGGAGCAGGAGCUGCCCUGCUUUCGUGUCAGUCUCAAAGCACGAAAUCGAUUGAGUUAGAUUUCCAUAUCCAGUUGAAGUUUAGCUGCUGUUGCCUUCAGCAGGCUGGUCAUCAGAAUCCCCUCGGCAGAGAGGUGUGGACCAGAUUGGAUUCCUAGAUUUGCAGCCAGUCAGACUCCUGCCCCGCCUUCACUGAGGGGAUUUUUCUCCUGGGCAUUGUUCCUAUCAUCAACUUUGUGCAGUGGAGCCAGCCAGCUGGGUGAAACUGAGAAUAAUAGCUUCUUGGCUCUGUUUGUCGGUUGGGCGAGUGGCAGAGCUGUGGCUCAGAAAGUUCAUCUUGUGGCUUCUCUGUCAAAUCAAGGAAUGCUUCUGAAUGGAUUUCCUCUUAAAGACAGCACUUGCAUUCUAAAACUUGAGAAUUCAUGGUUUUAAUUGUGUUUUGUUUUUUCAUUUCCUUAACCCUUAUUUUGGUUGCAGCAGCAAGCUACAGGAUAAGUGUCAAGCCAAGAUCCAGGGGUAUGUACCAGGUUUGGAGGCCGCACAUGAGGUCAAUCCAGGUAUCACUGUGGGCUAAGCCCAAGCCAUCAGCCAACAAUAAUUGCUAGAAAGAAUCCAAAAAGAGCAGACAGGCUGUUGCCUUCCAAAGCAAUCUGAACUAAGCUUCCUGACGAGAAAUAAGGAGAAGAAGCAGAGAAUCAAUCCCUUCAGACUCUGAGAAAGAAAAUGAAGCGAUUAUUGCAAGAGUCAGAGGAAGAAAUCAUGGUCACCUUGGGACCUUCCUCCAGGCUUCCCCCAGAUAAGGCUAAGGCAGAGACUGUGUGUGGCAUCAAGAUCAAGUCCUCAGGCCCUACUGGAUCCUUACCAGAGGACAGCUCCCUACUUGCAUGCUGUGGGUCAGCAGCCUCAGCCAUUGGUGGAGAUAGAGAUGGGGACUUGGCCCAGCUUUGUAGCUUUGGACAACAGGCCAACAGCCAACUUCCUCUGGGCUCUACAGGUUGUGUUUCAGGGUCUGGCUCUCAGGACCUCUCAUCUGCCAACUUUACCACAAGUUACCAAGUGCCCUCAGAGAGGAACCAAGCCAAGCCCCUUUCAUCCAGAGGCUCUGUCCAAGGUUGUAACCGUGAACGGCGAGAACCUUUGGGGGAUGUAGUAGAAUAUAUCAUCAGAGAGCUGCAAGGCAUCAGCCGUCUCCAGACUGAGAUUGCUGAGCUUCAGCAGCACUUGAGCCAAGUUCGGGGCUCAGUGGAUGAAGUGUCUAGCUGUGUAGACUCUGUACUCAGUGAAAUAGAAGGCUUGCAUGUUGGCAGCAGUUCCCUGGCUAAGGUGUGUGAGGGGGAAAAGGCCCAGGAACCCCAUGUGGAAAAAAAUAGCGAGGAAGCCAUGCUUUACCUGUAUGGACUUCCUGAACAAGAUGGGGAAAAUACUAUGGAACUGGUGGAUAACUUCCUAGCCAGACACCUGUGUAUAAAUGGCAUGCAGUGCAACAGAUACAUCAAAGAGGCUUAUAGGGCAGGCAAAGCCCCUGCCCCUAGGCCCACUGUGGUGAAGCUUGCCCAUCUAGAGCAUAGAGACUUCAUCUUGCAAAAAUCCAUCCUUCUGCAAAGUGCAGGGGUUCAGGUUGCCACCAGAGAAGAACCAAGCUGGACACAGGACUAUAAGAAUCCCCCGAAGGAGUGUUUAUCCUUUUUUCAGCAACUUCAGGAUCACAGUAGAAAUUCUUUAAAUAAGAAUAAACCAGUUCUUCAGAUGAAAUCAGGGGACAGAGAACCUAUAACAGGAUCAAAUCAGAUGAGAUCUCAGAACCAACAUAGAGAACACCAGAUUCCUAAGCAGCAAGACCCUUGCUUCCAAAUGAAGAAUAAUUUAGCAGAGCAAAGUAAUGUGUCUAAGUUAGGGGAUGAAGUAAAAGGAACAUUAGGAACAUGCCGGAUUUUCAGUGGCACCUGUGGUGAACUGUCAGGGAGAGAGGCUUCUUUGUCUCCUCUCCAUCAACUUGAGAAACCUUCUCUAGUGUUAAUCUCAAAAGAGGAAGAUAACAGGAAAUCCCAGUCUUUCAAAGAGUGCAGCCAAGAACUUGAAACCUGUAAAGUAGCGAAAUUAGAAAAUGAUUGCAGCCAUAAAAAUGAGGCCAGCAGCUGCCUGUCACUCUCUGGGUUGCUGAAGACAGAGAGGAUAAAUACAGAGGACAAGCUUCUGAGUUGUGAAGCUGGACUUGAUAUUCUGAGCUCAAAGCAACUAGAGGACCUUUUGGCAGACAAGUCCAGAAAGUUUGCAACUCUAAGCUCUGAUAGCAUGAUGGAGGAAAUGAUCAUAGGGCCUGAAACUUUCAGUAACAUGGUUCAUAUUGACCUGAAUGAAGAGGAAGAAUGUGCUGCUCAGGUCCUUAAGGAUGUCUUUGACAAGUCCUCUUGUGUUCUGGGUGGCUCCCAGGAGGAUGAGGAUGUGGAAAUUAAGUUUUACACAACGAAGCUAGGCCGAGCAAUUCACCACUUUCGUUCAGCUCUGCAGGGGGUAUUUCAGAAGCUGGAAAACAGUGGGUCCAUUAGUCUUGAGGACCUGGAAAGUAAUGAGAGUGGUUCUCAGUCAGAGAACAGUGAUCGACUUCUUGGGACAGUGAAUUCUGGGUGUCCCCAAGAUUGCUCCAUAGAGAGCCCUGGGAGUCAGGGUAGUGAAAGUUUGCUCAGUAUGAUCUCUGGAGGAUUGGGCAUCUCUGCACAGGAAGACCAAACCCCUCAAGACCCAAGCAACUUUUCUCUUGCUUCUAAUAACUCACCUCUUGCUUAUUCAUUGCCCACUAUUGCUCUGGCCCCGCAUCUGGGACGUGAGACUUGUUCCUGGCCUGAAUCUCCCAAGCAAGACAGACUAAGCCUAGAGCAAGUGUGUGCAGAGACCAUUUACCUCAACAAGUGCAUCAAUAAUUUUAAAAAUGUUCUAAGAGAGAAAAGACUGAGGCAGAAAAAACUUUUGCACGAGCUAGUACAAAAGGCAAACCAUCUCUCCGUAGAAGACAUGCCCUCAGAAGGAAAGCGAGAAGCCCUUCAGAUUCCAGAUGAUGGUGACCCUUCUCUGCCUCAGUGGCUUCCAGAAGGGCCGGCUGGAGGGCUCUAUGGCAUCGACAGCAUGCCAGACCUACGCAGAAAAAAGCCAUUACCACUUGUCAGUGAUCUGUCACUGGUCCAGUCCCGGAAGGCAGGGAUUACUUCGGCAAUGGCUACACGUACCUCUCUUAAGGAUGAAGAGCUGAAAUCCCAUGUAUAUAAGAAAACCCUGCAGGCCUUAAUCUACCCCAUCUCAUGUACCACACCACACAACUUUGAAGUCUGGUCAGCUACCACCCCGACCUACUGCUAUGAAUGUGAAGGCCUACUCUGGGGCAUUGCCCGGCAAGGCAUGCGCUGCAGCCAGUGUGGGGUCAAGUGUCAUGAGAAGUGCCAGGACCUGCUCAACGCCGACUGCCUGCAGCGGGCUGCAGAAAAGAGCUCUAAACAUGGAGCUGAGGACCGGACACAGAACAUUAUCAUGGCCAUGAAGGACCGCAUGAAGAUCCGAGAGCGAAAUAAGCCGGAGAUCUUUGAAGUUAUCAGGGAUGUCUUCACAGUGAGCAAAGUAGCCCACGUGCAGCAGAUGAAAACAGUGAAGCAGAGUGUACUGGAUGGCACUUCUAAAUGGUCAGCCAAGAUUACCAUCACUGUGGUAUGUGCCCAGGGCUUACAAGCCAAGGACAAAACAGGAUCCAGUGACCCUUAUGUGACUGUGCAAGUUGGUAAAACCAAGAAGCGUACCAAGACCAUUUUUGGAAACUUGAAUCCUGUUUGGGAGGAGAAGUUCCAUUUUGAGUGCCAUAACUCCUCUGACCGCAUUAAGGUACGUGUGUGGGAUGAGGAUGAUGACAUCAAAUCAAGAGUAAAGCAGCGGCUAAAGCGAGAGUCUGAUGAUUUCCUUGGCCAAACCAUCAUCGAGGUUCGGACACUGAGUGGCGAGAUGGAUGUCUGGUACAAUCUGGAGAAGAGGACAGACAAGUCAGCCGUCUCGGGAGCUAUUCGACUACAGAUCAAUGUGGAGAUCAAGGGGGAGGAGAAGGUAGCCCCGUACCAUGUGCAGUAUACAUGCCUCCAUGAGAACCUUUUCCAUUAUCUCACAGACAUUCAGGGUAGUGGAGGAGUCCAGAUUCCUGAGGCUCGAGGAGAUGAUGCAUGGAAGGUGUACUUUGAUGAGACAGCCCAAGAAAUUGUGGAUGAAUUUGCCAUGCGCUAUGGCAUUGAGUCCAUAUAUCAGGCUAUGACGCAUUUUGCAUGUUUGUCAUCCAAAUACAUGUGUCCUGGUGUGCCAGCAGUGAUGAGCACCUUACUGGCCAACAUCAAUGCCUACUAUGCCCACACAACCGCCUCUACCAAUGUCUCUGCAUCUGACCGCUUUGCAGCCUCCAACUUUGGGAAAGAGAGAUUUGUAAAACUUCUGGACCAGCUGCACAACUCACUGAGGAUAGACCUCUCUACAUACAGAAAUAAUUUCCCUGCUGGGAGCCCUGAGCGGCUUCAGGAUUUAAAAUCCACAGUGGAUUUGCUGACCAGCAUUACUUUCUUCAGAAUGAAGGUACAAGAACUGCAGAGCCCUCCAAGAGCCAGCCAGGUGGUAAAGGAUUGUGUGAAGGCCUGUUUGAACUCCACAUAUGAGUAUAUCUUCAACAACUGCCAUGACUUAUACAAUCGCCAGUAUCAGCUGCAGGAGCUACCUCUAGAGGAACAAGGUCCCAGCAUUCGGAACCUGGAUUUUUGGCCCAAACUCAUCACACUCAUUGUGUCAAUCAUAGAGGAAGAUAAAAAUUCCUAUACACCUGUUCUGAACCAGUUUCCUCAGGAAUUGAAUGUGGGAAAAGUCAGCACAGAAGUGAUGUGGCAUCUGUUUGCCCAAGACAUGAAAUACGCAUUAGAGGAGCAUGAGAAAGACCGGCUGUGUAAGAGUGCCGACUACAUGAACCUGCACUUCAAGGUGAAGUGGCUCCACAAUGAAUAUGUGCAGGAUCUGCCUGCCCUCCAGGGGCAGGUGCCUGAGUACCCAGUGUGGUUUGAGCAGUUUGUGCUACAGUGGCUGGAUGAGAAUGAGGAUGUAUCCCUUGAAUUCCUGCGUGGGGCCCUGGAACGAGAUAAGAAGGAUGGGUUCCAGCAGACAUCAGAGCAUGCACUCUUUUCCUGCUCUGUGGUGGACAUCUUCACGCAGCUCAAUCAGAGCUUUGAGAUCAUCCGGAAGCUGGAAUGCCCAGACCCCAACAUCCUUGCCCACUACAUGAGGAGAUUUGCUAAGACCAUCGGGAAAGUGCUGAUGGAAUAUGCAGACAUCUUAUCGAAGAACUUCCCAGAUUAUUGCACAAAAGAGAAACUGCCCUGCAUCCUGAUGAACAACAUGCAGCAAUUGAGGGUCCAGUUGGAGAAAAUGUUUGAAGCCAUGGGAGGCAAGGAGCUAGAUCCUGAAGCUGCAGACAGUCUGAAGGAACUGCAGGUGAAACUGAAUACAGUUCUGGAUGAGCUCAGCAUGGUGUUUGGAAACAGCUUCCAGGUGCGGAUCGAUGAGUGUGUUCGACAAAUGGCAGAUAUCCUGGGCCAGGUACGGGGCACAGGAAAUGCGUCCCCCAACGCCAGGGCUUCAGUGGCUCAGGAUGCAGAUAGUGUGUUGCGGCCUCUCAUGGACUUUCUGGAUGGCAACCUCACACUCUUUGCCACUGUGUGUGAGAAGACAGUUCUGAAGCGUGUCCUGAAGGAGCUCUGGCGGGUGGUGAUGAACACAAUGGAAAGAAUGAUUGUUCUGCCACCCCUCACAGACCAAACGGGCACCCAGUUGAUCUUCACUGCUGCCAAGGAGCUGAGCCAUCUUUCCAAACUCAAGGACCAUAUGGUGCGAGAAGAAACACGGAAUCUCACUCCAAAGCAGUGUGCUGUCCUCGACCUGGCCCUGGACACCAUCAAGCAAUACUUCCACGCGGGAGGCAAUGGACUAAAGAAAACCUUCCUGGAGAAGAGCCCAGAUCUGCAGUCUCUACGCUAUGCUCUAUCUCUGUACACACAGACUACAGACACUCUCAUCAAGACCUUUGUGCGCUCCCAGACUGCCCAGGUAUAUGAUGGGAAAGGUAUUAGGUUUACUGCUAAUGAGGACAUUCGGCCGGAAAAGGCAUCUGGUGUGGAUGAUCCUGUGGGAGAAGUCUCUAUUCAGGUGGACUUAUUUACACACCCUGGUACUGGGGAGCACAAGGUUACAGUGAAAGUGGUGGCUGCCAGUGAUCUCAAGUGGCAGACAGCAGGUAUGUUCCGGCCUUUUGUGGAAGUGACCAUGGUUGGCCCACACCAAAGUGAUAAGAAGAGGAAAUUCACAACCAAAUCCAAGAGCAACAACUGGGCCCCCAAGUAUAAUGAGACAUUUCACUUCCUCCUGGGAAAUGAAGAGGGUCCAGAGGCCUAUGAGUUGCAGAUAUGUGUGAAGGAUUACUGCUUUGCCCGGGAGGAUCGUGUGCUAGGGCUGGCUGUGAUGCCUCUGAGGGAUGUGGCAGCCAAGGGCAGCUGUGCUUGCUGGUGCCCGUUGGGCCGGAAGAUCCACAUGGAUGAGACAGGCAUGACCAUUCUCCGGAUUCUGUCUCAGAGGAGCAAUGACGAGGUGGCCCGAGAGUUUGUGAAACUCAAAUCAGAGUCCCGUUCCAUGGAAGAAGGCAGCUGAACACUCUUGGUGUAUGUGUCCACCAGGCAGCACCUAUUGCACAAAUCAGCCAGUGGGGGCUAGCUGUAUAUCCAGCCUAGGGUCCUUGUAGUAAAGAGGCUGAUCUCUUUGGUUAAGUAUAUUUAAGGAAAUUUGGGGGACAUUGAGAGUAUGACUUUUUACAAAAAGCUUCAUGAAUUCCUGAGUAGCCAGUUUGUGGUACUAGGAGCUGGACUGUGGGAGCUGCUGCCUUUAGAAAUUUUCCACAAAGAGAGAGGGACAGACAUUUCAGAAAGUGUCAGUCAUUCUUGGUAGAUACCCCUCUGCUCCACUUCCAAUGUCUAUACUUCUCCAAACCACACCUUAUCCAGUUAGAUACUCACAUUCCAAGUAUUAGAAGAACAAGUUUAGAGGACCUGGAGUUUGUUCCUGGCUGGCUAAAUAGUCAGUGGAGCCUAUAGAUAUUGCUGAGCUGUGUGAUUUAUACUGGAGAAUGGGAAGGGAAGGAGCACACAGAAUAGAAUUUAAUGUCUUUUGAGCAGAAUCUACUGGUUUUGUAUGGCUCCAAUGAGAACAAGGCUUUGAAAAUGAACAAGAUACUUUCUGGAAAUGAGCUGUGCUAAUCUCUUCCCUCAGAUUUUAUCUGUCAUGAAUAGAAACAAGUUCACAUGGUGCUUCAGAGCCCUGAGCAGACUAUUUGUUUGGAACUCACAUAUCAGGGGCCAUCUGCCCAGAGUCCCCUACCUCACCUCUAUAGGCAGGGGAGUGAUCCUGAAGACACAGGAGGUUGUUCUCUUGUGUAUAUACCUGAGAGCUAGCUGAAGGGUUUUCUUCUCGGUAGACCCGGAAUAAAGCCAAAACUUGUGGAAACUAGAGAGGGUUGUCUUAUCUAUGGCUGUGUCUUCUGACUGCCUUCCUUCUUGCAGAAAGUUCUAGUCUUUGGCCUUUCUCCCUGUCAUCAGGGUCAGCUGCUGGUCCCCUCAUAGAUGUUCAACCCUACAGAAGGAGCUUGGACUCUGAUCCCUCUGUACAGACUGGAUGGAGAGGGCCUCAACAUUCCAUGGGAGGUCAGACAAAUUCUUGCAGAGGGUCAGAUGGACUUCCCAGGCCCUUGCUCAGAGAUGUGACAUGAUCCUCUUGGAUUUCCUCAAUAGCAACCUCCUGAACUUCCUGAGGACUCAGCAUUGUCCACAGCUGUACUGGCCAAUACGUGAAACAAGAAACCAAGCAUCUUUGCUGUUUUUAAUUAUUGUAUGUGCCAUUGUUACAGGAAAUUAUAGGCUAGUCUGUAAUAAAUUAUCUUAUAGCA